UAAUGGUGGAAGGCGUUCUUGGUUGCUAAUUAUAAAUUUUGUCGUAGUUGCCAACUCUUACCAACAGCUCGCGUACUUGAUCUGUCACCUGACUCUUCCAUCCAUCCACCAUCCCUGAGGUAGCUCCUCCCGUCAAGAAUGGCUGUCCCUGGAGUUUUCAUGAGAGUAAACCAGCCCACUCCGCCGUAUUUCCCGCCUCCUAAAUUUAAUUGUGGAGGAAGGAGACAGUUCUGCGUCAAAGCAUGUGCCGGCACUUCAGAUGGGGAGGAAGGAAAGAUGGUGAUCAGGAAAGAAAAGGAUGGGUGGAAGAUAGAUUUCUCAGGGGAAAAACCUCACACACCCUUACUCGACACAAUCAACUAUCCCCUCCACAUGAAGAACCUCUCCACUAAAGAUCUUGAACAAUUGGCAGCAGAGCUCAGAGCAGAGAUCGUGUAUGCAGUGUCGAAAACAGGGGGGCAUCUGAGUUCAAGCUUAGGUGUGGUGGAGUUGACGGUGGCUCUGCACCAUGUCUUCAACACCCCUGACGACAAAAUUAUAUGGGACGUAGGCCAUCAGACUUAUGGGCAUAAAAUUCUGACCGGUAGAAGGUCUAGAAUGCAUACUAUGAGGAAAACUUCAGGACUAGCUGGAUUUCCGAAGAGGGAUGAGAGUAUCUAUGAUGCCUUUGGCGCUGGCCAUAGCUCAACAAGCAUCUCUGCUGGUCUUGGAAUGGCUGUGGCAAGAGAUCUAUUGGGGAAGAAAAACAAUGUCGUCUCUGUGAUUGGAGACGGAGCGAUGACUGCUGGACAAGCGUAUGAGGCCAUGAACAAUGCCGGUUUUCUAGAUACUAACCUGAUUGUUGUGUUGAACGACAACAAGCAGGUUUCAUUACCCACAGCAACACUUGACGGCCCGGCAACACCUGUUGGUGCCCUCAGCAGCGCUUUGAGCAAGCUCCAAGCCAGCCCCAAAUUCAGGCAACUCCGGGAAGCUGCAAAAAGUAUUACAAAGCAAAUUGGACCACAAGCACAUGAAGUUGCCGCCAAGGUGGACGAGUACGCGAGGGGGAUGAUUAGUGCUUCCGGCUCAACGCUUUUUGAAGAGCUUGGGUUAUACUACAUAGGGCCUGUCGACGGUCAUAACAUAGACGAUUUGGUUGCAAUUUUUGAAAAGGUUAAAGCUAUGCCUGCACCAGGACCAGUUUUAAUUCAUAUUGUGACAGAAAAAGGAAAAGGCUAUCCCCCAGCCGAGGCAGCUGCUGAUAGAAUGCACGGGGUUGUCAAGUUUGAUCCUCCAACAGGGAAGCAGAUUAAGACCAAGUCCCCUACGCUUUCAUACACUCAGUACUUUGCAGAAUCCCUGAUCAAAGAAGCUGAAGCAGACAGCAGAGUUGUGGCUAUCCAUGCUGCAAUGGGUGGUGGAACGGGUCUAAAUUAUUUUCAGAAACGAUUUCCAGAGCGUUGUUUUGACGUGGGCAUUGCUGAACAGCAUGCAGUAACCUUUGCAGCUGGCUUAGCUUGUGAGGGUCUCAAGCCAUUCUGCACCAUCUAUUCAUCCUUUCUGCAACGAGGAUACGACCAGGUGGUGCAUGAUGUGGAUCUUCAAAAACUACCUGUCCGCUUCGCAAUGGAUCGAGCUGGUUUAGUUGGAGCAGACGGGCCGACUCAUUGUGGAGCAUUUGAUGUGGCGUACAUGGCGUGCUUGCCCAACAUGGUGGUCAUGGCACCAUCAGAUGAAGCAGAGCUCAUGCACAUGGUUGCAACGGCUGCAGUAAUAGACGACCGCCCCAGCUGCUUCAGAUUUCCAAGGGGCAAUGGCGUAGGAGCAGUUCUUCCCACUAACAACAAAGGAACACCUCUUGAAAUUGGGAAGGGAAGAAUACUCACGGAAGGCAGCAGAGUGGCGAUUCUUGGAUACGGUGCAAUAGUCCAGCAAUGUCUGGGAGCUGCAGAAAUGCUCAAGUCCCAUAACAUAUCAGCAACCGUAGCUGAUGCAAGAUUCUGCAAGCCAUUGGACACUGAUUUGGUCAGACGACUAGCAAAAGAGCACGAAAUAUUGAUCACCGUGGAGGAAGGUUCAAUCGGAGGCUUUGGAUCACAUGUCUGUCACUUCCUGACCCUAAAUGGGAUUUUGGAUGGACGUCUCAAGUUGAGAUCAAUGGUGCUUCCUGAUAGAUACAUAGACCACGGAGCGCCCGCGGAUCAGCUUGAAGCAGCAGGUCUGUCUUCAAGACAUAUUUGUGGGACAGUUCUAUCUCUCAUGGGAAGGCCUAUGGAAGCUCUCAAACUUCAAUGAUAUUUUAGAGCAUGCAGAUAGAAGAUUAACAUAUUGGCUUUGGUAAAUGUACUAUAUAUAUAUCAUAGAAAUCUCUCUUCAAAUUCCCAAAUUAAGUCUUGUUGAGGUGGAUUUGUAUCAAUAUGCAAGAUUAUAGGCUUCUACAUGCACCCUAGAUCUUCAUUUGGGAGCAUGGAGAAGGUUAGAUCUAUGAACUUGAUCUUUGAGAUGUAACUUGGAUCCUCUUACACAUUUAAAAGGGUUUGGCUGUAACAAAAUUUCAUAUAUAUAUUUCUACGCCAUCCUUAUUUAUCUUAA